AUUAGAGAAGCAAUCGAGAGCUUACCUUCCGAAUCCAUACAACAACUCCUAAGUCAACCACGCAGCCAUCACGGUGAAAUAGACAACCCUCUUUAUUUGGCAGUCGAUACUGGCAACCUUGCGAUACUAAAGCUCUUCUUAAAUGUCUUUGCCAGCAUUACAAUCACCAUCUUUUCCGAAGCCAUGGUUAAUUAUAAAUCCCAACACCAUGGAAACACUUUGCCACAAAGCUAUUUCAAAUGAUAGCGAGGGAUGUGCGUUGGAAGUAUUGACUAUGGAUAUGGAUUUCUUUUGCAACGCCACAGAUAAUGAUGGCAGUGGGGUGCUGUACCAUGCUACAGCACGUGGGUUUAGCAACUUUGUGCUCAAGAUCUUGAGAUCCACCACUACUGUUACUUAUUCCGGUUUCAAAGGCGCUACUCCAUUACAUCUGGUCACACGUUGCUCAGUUUCCCGGCGAAGAAGCGCAACGACGAAUUUUGGUGGCGUAGUCGAUUGCGGCGCCGCCGGCGGUAGUGUUCGUCUUCUCUCACCACAAAGGACGCUCGUAAGUCCGCAACCACUGGAUCUCCGCGUUCAAAAUAGGGUUCCAGCGAAAAAAGAUCGUCGGCGAACAGCGAGAGAUGAAGGAAGGGAAGGAGAAGCGUCGGCGUGAAGAUUGAGAGUCGCCAAUCGCCAUUGUUCGAUGUUAUGUGCUGGUUGAAUGAGUUCCUCUUGCUGUGGUGGAACAGAUCUUGUGGUUGUUGUGUUGGCGGCUCUAAUUCCCUGGUUGCGGCUGUGGCGGUGGCGGCAAUGUGAAGGAACAAUGUUGCAGAGGCCUCGCAAGUCGUAACAACUAUUGUUGUUGUUGGUCUUCCUUGUUGUUAAAUUAAAGGAGCUGCUUUGUCAUUACAGAUUUGUUUUAGUCAUAGUUUGGUUAUAUUUAGUUAAUAAAUAAAAUGGUUUAGUAAUAAUUUUUAUGGUAAAAUUGCAAAGAAGUGCAAUUAAUUCCUGGAUUGUAACAAUUUUGGUUCAUUUAUAUGUUUUAGUUAAUAAUACGUUUA